AUGAGUCGUUACCUGACCCCCUCGAAGAUCGCUCUUCUUUGCCUCAUCUCCAUCUAUACUGAGGGAGUCGUCCCAAAUUCCUCCGCCAUCCAUGUCCUCUCCUUUCUUGUAGCUAACCUGAGUCCCUUGGAAUCUGGCUCAGUCUCAUUUUCAGGCAAAGGAAAUCAAGGAUGUGCAGUCUCUGUUGCUGAUUUGGAGGAUGCACUUUCGUCUAAAGCUUCCUCAAUACCCGGCCGCUCGGUAUGGGAUUUAUUUCUCAAGAAGAUCUGGUCCAUUGAUUCUUGCGACGCUCUGGAAGUCUUCUUUGCCGAUAUAUGUGACAUACUGGCCAAGUCUCGUGAAGAACAAAUCCGCGACAGGGAUAAUGGCCUUGCUCCUGAAAUCGGUUGUAUGCGCCUCUCGAGGUGUUCGCCGUUGGGCGCAUUUGUGAGAAGGGCCCAGCUCGAAUUCACCAGGCUCCAGUUCCACGAUUCCGUCAAGCUCUGGAAAGGCUUCGUUCAUUAUCGGUUGCCAACCUACCGGGUGUGGUCGAAGAAGAACCCAUCGGCUGAACGGGAUCCCGUGGAUAUCAACUUACUCGAACUCAAGUUGGACACAUAUAGUCAGCUUGCUCAGGUGGCUUACGGUAACAUCGAAGCUGAUGCGGAAGAUGAAACAUUUGUCAGUACUAAGGAUGUGGAACGACUCCUAGAGUUCCAAAUUGGCGAGUUGCAAAGGCUCGGAGGGAGAGUUCCUGACGGCAUGAAAGUGCAGCUGGAGCGUAUAAUAUCAUCCGGCGUCACACUACCAAAUCUGGUCUAUUACUUGAGGUUUCUCGAUGCCUGGCGUGCUGGAGAUUAUCCAUCAUCCUUCGACAACCUCCACCGCUAUUUUGAUUAUACUAUGCAUAGCCGUGACCGAAGCUCUUACCAGUACGCGUUACUCAAUCUCGCUAUUCUCCAGGCCGACUUUGGGUGCUAUGGGGAAGCAGUUUCCGCAAUGCAGGAGGCUGUCUCCAUAGCUCGAGAGUCCCACGAUAUGAAUUGUCUGAACUUCUGUAUGAGCUGGCUGUAUCAUUUCGGGAAAGCCUUUCCAGAGCAGAUGAAGGAUGUCCAGAACACUGGGAUGCUCGGAAACGAGAAGGAAGGUCUUGCAUUCUUAGAAGCCAAAGCAAAGGAAACAGAGAUGUGGAGUCUUUUGAGCACGACAUUGUUGAGUGAGGCCAAGCUGGAACUACAAAAUGGAGAGAGCCUUGCAUCUACCAUCGAGAAUAUAGUUCGGGCGUCACACCUCAAUGUCACAAAAAAUCUGGUGAGCUCAAUGGGUCCUCAGCUUCUGCUACAAAAUGCGCUGUACUCCAGAAUAGGGGUGACCCACCUCGCAUGGCUCAGUAACGAGAUAUUUCGCCAAUGCUAUGCGAAUCGAUCACCCUUCGAGGACUACCUCAAGAGCACAUUUCGUAGCUGCGAGUUGUUGGCUCAACAAGGUCGCUACAGGGAUAUUUCAGCCUUAAUGAAGCAAGUUGCACCUGAAAAGCUACGAUCUUUGAAAGAAAAUCAACAUUGGACGUUCUUUUCAGGCAUCCUACAACUCAAGCGGCAGAUAUGCCGGGAUGAUAAAGUGGCAGCAGACCACCUUCUUUCACAACUUGAAGCAAUACAACUUCCAGGCAACGAUGCCUCACUUCUGCUAUCAUUUCUCUCCAUAAAAUACAAGAUUCGACAAGGUGACUAUGGCCGAGCUUUAGAGAUCGUCGAGCAAACGGCCCAAUCCAUACACCAAGACAACUUCGAUAUAUACUCUCAGGUCAGACUGCUUUGCUUCAAGGCUCGAAUCUUCCAGAAGACAGGAAACCCGCAACGAGGAUUCUCACUCGCAAUGAGAGCCGCCAGUAUCGCACACCGCUCGAGACUUCUCCCUGGUCUUUGGGAAGCGAUCUGCGUACUGGGCGGGGUCCUCCUGAGCCUACGCGAAUUCGAAGCUGUCCAUGAGAUGAUCGAAAGUAUCAUGCCUCAGGUUCUCGAAACCGACGAUUGUGACCUAACUGCACAAGCGUAUUCGCUCCUCGUGGAUGCGAACAUGGGCAUGGCAGGUAAACUGUGGAGCCAGGGGCAGAACACGCCCGCCAAGACGGAAUAUAUGAACCGUGCUUUAGGCUAUCUCGACUGUGCCUAUGAUCAAUAUGAGGAGAUCGAAGAUAUCAAGGGCCAGUGUGAGAUGAUGGCCAAGAAAGCCACCGUGAUGCAUCUUACGGGCGACUUGGUCCUGGCAAAUGAUUAUGCGGCCAAAUACCUGGACCUUCAGAAAUUAUCCGGGGUAAGCAUAUAG